AUGUCGGCGCCACCAUUGAUAAUGAAGAGAAUAAAAAACGAGUCGCCUCACUUGCCGUGCACAUCGUCGCCAGAUCAAGUCAUCGAACACGCCGCCGAUCCGAUUGGAAGCGAAACGCUGAUCUUGCAACCGACGCAGCCGCAACACACUUCUCCGGAAAUGGACGAAUUUGCAAAAUAUCUUCAAAGUGUUGCGCAGACGAGUGGAAAUGAUGAAAAUGGUGCGCAACAUUUCUCGCCAAAUGGAUUUUCGCAUGUAUAUACAACUGCUACUAAUCGAGAAAAACCUGUUAUUGGUGUGUAUUUUUUCGAAUUUGUUUUUUUGUUUGAUGACUUUUUGGGUCCCCCGUGUGCAUUCUAGAAAACAUAGUUUAUCUGAUAAAUUUGGACUCGCUGAUAAUGAAUUCGUUUUGUUAUCAGUGGAUCCAAUCUUAUCGCUAACACUAUUUUUAAUGUUAAAAAAAUGUGAAAGCAUGCUAUAUAGCUUGAAGUUUCUUGGUAUCUGAAAUUCUGAAACUUUUCGGCGUUUUUUGGUUUCGUUCAUAUCGCUAGACUUGAAUUUGGCUAAAUCUGAGGCAUUGCCACGUCAUAGCUCAGAUUUUGUAAAUUUUCAGAUCUAGAGACUUUCACUAGAAGUACGAGAACCGAGAAAUGCCAAAAAAUUGCAGAAUUUCAGAUCUUAGAGGUGGAAAAGCUAAAUUUCUUAAUUUUUACAUUAUCAGAAUCUCCCGGUCUUGAAAUUCUGCAGUUUUUGGGUCUAAGUUCUCAAAAAUUGCAAAAGCUCUGAUGUAAAAAAUUUCGGGGAAACGAAUUUGAUUUUCAUGCUGAAAUCAAGCUUUUCCACUCAAACCAUCCUCGUUUUUUGCAGUCUCUGCACAAAUAGAAGUGAUACCGUGUAAAGUAUGCGGUGACAAAUCGUCCGGCGUUCACUAUGGAGUUAUCACGUGUGAAGGAUGUAAAGGAUUUUUUAGACGUAGUCAAUCAUCGAUUGUCAAUUAUCAGUGUCCUAGGCAAAAGAAUUGUGUUGUAGAUCGGUGAGUUUUUUUUUGAAAUCGCGAUUUUUUUGGUGGGAAAAAAGAAAAAUGAUCUAUUUAUGAAUCUGUUUUCAGCUAAAUUUUAUUUUAAAAAAUUUAAAUUUUCACAUUGAAACGUUUCAAUUCUUCUGUAAACUCUGCGAAAUCCUUGAAUGUUCAAUUUUUUGAGUAAAAAACUGAUUCCUACACGAAUGUCUUCCUGUUUUCAUAUGAAAUCCUAUUGAAAAUCUCAUUGUUUUGCAGUGUAAAUCGAAAUAGAUGUCAAUAUUGUCGACUAAAAAAGUGCAUCGAAUUGGGAAUGUCGCGAGAUGCCGUGAAAUUCGGAAGAAUGUCGAAAAAGCAGCGAGAAAAAGUGGAAGAUGAGGUGGGUUUUUUGUUUUUGUUGUUUGAGAUUUUCAGUGUUGUUGAGAAGAGUUUGUUGGGGGAAAAUUGGAUUUUUCGGUGAAAAUGCAAUUUCAGAUAUCGGAUUUAAAUAUGUUUUUGGACUUAAAAUUUAUGGAAAAUGUGAUUUCCAGAUAUUUUUUGACCGAAAACUUAUUUUAAAUCUGAAUUUUUGACUAGAAGUUUCAUGUUUGUUCUUUUUAGCACAGAAAAAUCUCAUUUUCAGAUAUUUUUAAACCAAAGAUCACCUGAAAUUCAACUUUUCCCCCAACUUAUUCUCUCUUAUGUUUUGUCCUUGUCUGUAUUAUUGGAUAUUCCUAUGUAUAUUUGUAGUAUUUUUGAAAACUGCGAGGGAAAAAUUGAGAGAUUUGAGAGAAAAUACAGUAUGUGUGUGUUGUAUAUGUUUUGUUUUGUUUUUGUGUGUGUGGUACGGUUAUGGUCAGCUGACCUUGGGGAUUUUGAUGGAUGAAGAAAAUUGCGAAUGAAUUUUGAGAGAUGAGGAUUUGAGGGGGGACUUUGAAAUUUGAAUUGAAUUUGAGACUUUUUGCAUGACACUUUCGGGGUUAUUUUUAAUUUUGCAUGUUUUUUGGCUGGAAAUUUCUGGAUGAAAAUUCCAGAUGGCAAAGAAAUUUCAGAUAUUUUCGAAAAAUUCUUGAAAUUUUGAAGAAAAAAAUUUCCACGAAUAAUUCUAAAACAUUUUUAAGCUUGUAACUAAUUCUGCAUGAUUUUCAUCACUAACAAACUGUUUUUAAAAAAAUCUUGAAAUUUAAAACACGUGGCGAAAACUUGGAAUUUUCAGAAAAUAUUCGAAGUUUUCCGAAGUUCUAAAUUUUUCAAUUAAAGUUGCAUGUUUUUCGUUUUUUUUUUGUCCGUCCACUAACCUGCAUGUUCUUUUUUACUAACUUAGCCUAACUAACUACCUUAUUUUGCACUUUUUAGUUUUUUUUUUCCCAUAAGAUUGUUAUCUUUUCAAUUCUAACACCAUUUUUAAUGUAUGUGCUAGUUGCUUGUCACUUUUUUUGUGUCUCUAAUUUUGGUCAGUCAGCAGCCUUUUACUAAUUUAUAGCCGCACAACAUGUCUUCUUCUUCAUCUUCUUCUCCUCCUUCUACAAUGCCAUUGAUUGAAAAGAUUAAGGUUGAGAUAGCCGGUGAGAAAAAGGUUCGCUUUUUGCUUUUUUUUGGUUAAACUAACUUGGUGAAGGGAAAACACUGUGCACUUUUUUUUGGUUUUUUUGGUGGAGGAAAAAUAGGGGGAAUGAUCUGAUACAGUAAUCAGGGGGUACUGUGGAUUUUGAGGGGUGAAAAUUAUAUACAAAGUUGAAGAAUAGUAGCCUAGGCGAAAAAAUACUGUUAUUAUUUAGAAUUACAUUUCGAUUACUGUUGAUCAAAUUUUGGUGCGGAUAGACUAGAGGCAAUGAAAUCAAAUAUUCUCAAAUUGCAAAAAAUAUAAUAAAAAUUUUGAAACAUAUUUUUUCGGGAAAUUUUUAUAUGUGGAAAAAUGUUGAUUUUUGGUAUAAAAAAUUCAGAGAAUCAAAUAAAAAUUGUUUUUUCACUUAAAAAUGUUCAAAUUAAAUUCUUCAGGUUCGAAUGCACAAACAAUUAGCAGAAGCGAGUGGAAUGAGUUAUCAAUCACUAUAUGGUGAUUAUUCGCCUCCACCAUCGCAUCCAAAUUAUUGUUUCGAUCAAAGUAUAUAUAGUCAUUAUGCGGCUGCCACAUCAACAAAUGGUGGAACAUCAACACCAAAUGGAUAUCCGUUGACUGUAAAUGCAGCUGCAGCUGCACCAGUUACACCAAUUUCACAAUAUGGUGGAGGUGCCACGUCGGCUGGAUCGGCGAAUAGUUCAAAUGGUGGAAGUGUUGGCGGAGGAGCGAGUGGAGAUAGUGUGGCUGGAAAUGGACCAGGAGCUGGAUAUGUUGCACAUCAGGGUGAGUAUUGAGGGGGAAAUUGAGGAAUUUUGAGCAAAAACUGGUUUCUGGACGAUUUUCGAUCAAGAAAAUGUGAAAUUUUGUCCAAACUGUUGAUCUAUCUGUUUAAAACCAAAUUUUCGCCACGUGGAAUUUGGAAGAAUUUUUUCGUCAAAAUUAAAUAUCCAAACAAACAAAACAACCAACUUUUCUGGGCGGCCCUCAUUUUUUGUCUCGAAUUUUCAUUUCCACGUGGAUUUUUGGCCUUCUCAACAUAUCUAAAUGAACCCCUUAACUUUGUUUUUGUUUCAGCAUCGGGCGGUAGUUUUCCAUCUCCGCAAGUUCCCGAAGAUGAUACGGUAGCACGAGUGAUCAAUUCAUUCGAACAACAACAUCAUCUUUAUCGAACCACCCACGAUGUUUGUGAUGUGGAUUUGAAUCGAAUUAGUAGUUUGGUGAGUUGCAAUUAUUUUUGGAUGGGUGCUUGAAAGCUGUAUUUUUCACCUGAAACGCUAGAUUUUCACCAUAAAUCAUCUUGAAAAAGAAUUUUGUUGAAUUUACCCUAUUUUUCACUUUAUUUCAACUAGACUUCAAAAUCACCUAGAUUCAUCCUAACAUACCCUAUUUUAUCAUCCCUUUUACCCUGACUUAUCCUAACUCUUAUCUUUCAUUUUUCAGUCACGUGGUGAUGGUUGGGAACUAUUUGCCCACGAACUCAAUCCUCUAAUUCAAUCAAUAAUCGAAUUCGCCAAAUGUGUCGACGGUUUUAUGACUCUUCCACAAGAAACACAAAUUCAAUUGCUGAAAGGCAGUGUAUUUGAAUUGUCGCUGAUAUUUGCAGCCAUGCAUUAUAAUAUGGAAACACAGGCUGUGUGUGGAGAUCGAACCAAUUUGCCGUUUUCGUGUUUGUCAGCUGAGGAUCCUAUCGAGGUUUGUGGAUUUUCGUGACAAUUUGGGGACCGCGAGUUUUGAAUUGAGCCGUUGGCAUCUGAGCCGAAACAAGCUCCGAAAGUUUUUUUAGAUUCUGAACGCUUCAAGCGAUUUCUCACACUGAAAGUUCAGAAUUUCCAGUAUUUUCAAACGGAAAAGCUGAAAUCCACGUGUCAAAAUUUAUUAAAACUUUUAAUUCCCAACUUUUCAUUCAUGAAAAAUUUGAGAAAAUCUGAAAAUUUCGAAUUUUUGCUACGUGGAAAUUGUUCAUCAGAAGUUGUUUAAAUUUGAAUUUUAGAACCAGAAAUUUCCAUGUUUUUGUCACGCGGAAAUUACUUCAUUCAUGAUUUUCAUGAAUAUUUUUGAGAGACCAAGAAAAUCGUUGAAUUUCUAAAAUCCACGUGUCAAUUCAAAAUUCUCACGUUCUAUUUUUGCAGAUGCAACUAAUCAACGAUGUUCAUACAACCCUCCACGAUAUUGCCUCUCUUCAACCAAAUGUUGCCGAAUUAGCUCUUCUCGCCGCAUGCCUUUUACUCGAACUAACAUCUACACCAAUUGCUGCAACAGCAAUACUCGGAAGUGCCGAAAUGACAGUCACAGUAACCGCUGAUAUUUUACGCAACUCGUUACAUCAAUUAAUUGCAUCGCGAUUGGGAUGUUUGGAUACGACAAUUGGACGAGUUCAGGAAAUUGAACAACGUAUUCGACAGACUGCCAGGUUGCAUUUGCAGGUUUGUGUUUUUGACGGGUGAAAAUUGUGAUUGAGAAAAAAAUACUUAAUUUUGUCCUUGUGGUUUUUAAGCGAAAUUCGGAGAUUUUCUGAUAUUUUUGAUAGAAAAUCCGACCAGAAAGUUGACUUUCGUAGUUUUUCUCUCAAAAUCUUCAAUUUUUUCAGGCUCUUCAACGAUUCCGCGAACUCGAUCCAGUCUCAUCUGAAAGACUUCCAGCACUUUACAAGGAACUAUUCACAGCCGAUCAAAUUUGCUGA